AUGCCAAAAUCAAUAGAAAUAAUUACCUCUUUCUUUUUUCCUCCUCCUCCCUAUUGUCUUUUUUCCUCCUCCUCCUCUCCCUAUAUUGUCUUUUUUUCCCUCCCUCUUUGUCUUUUUCCUCCUCCCCUAUUGUCCCUAUUGUCUUUUCCUCCUCCUAUUGUUUUUUUUCCUCCCUAUAUUGUCUUUUUCCUCCUUCUCCUACCUCUUUUUCCUCUUUCUCCUCCUUUUUUUCUCCCUACCUAUUGUCUUUUCCUCCUCCUCCUACCUAUUGUCUUUUUUCCUCCUUCUCCUACCUAUUGUCUUUUUUCCUCCUUCUCCUACCUAUUGUCUUUUUUCCUCCUUCUCCUACCUAUUGUCUUUUUUCCUCCUUCUCCUACCUAUUGUCUUUUUUCCUCCUUCUCCUACCUAUUGUCUUUUACCUAUUGUCCUCCUCUCCUACCUAUUGUCUAUUUUUUUUUCCUCCUUCUCCUACCUAUUUCUUUUCCAAAUCCCUCUCCCUAUAUCUCCAUUCCCUUCUUUUCUUAUGUAUUUGCAACAAUGGAAUUAUUUCAAGUAAUUUCUUGCUUGAAAGAAAAUUAA